CUUCUGGGAGCUGGCCAGCUUGUCCAGCAUCUUCCCUGUUGCCACUUGCUCUUUUUCCUUUCUUUUCCUUCUGUGCGUCCACUUCAACACCAUCUACUCCGUACCGACCCUGCUUGUCGUUUGUCGUUCUUUUCGGUGUUUCCCCGACUGCAGCAAGCCCUGCACUUCGAUUUGUCCCUCCUUAUACUCGCAUUUCGUCCUCAACAUCUGACACAUCCCUUACUUCGGCCGGCUUCCAAAUACAUUCAACAAUCACAGCCACCUUCCUGGUCCUGACCGCCGGAUUGAGACGUACCAAGAUACAAGAAACUGAGUUUGCUCGUGGUGUCUCGGAAUAUCGACCGCUCCAAGUCAGCACCCAUCAAAAAAGCUGUCAACCGGCCGUCAAAGCUUUUCGCGCCCGACACGAAAAACUUGUACCACUGCCUGUCUCCAUACUUGCCUUCGUGCUUGACGGCCGUCGAUGCAACACGUUCGGGGUAUAUCUCCUCAGCAUUGACCAUCCGGCAGACUCUUCCGUACUCUCUUCUCGACACCCUUCUUUAUCAGCACAAGCCACUUCCCGAGCGACUCGAUGCUGCUCAGAUCCAUCUCUUAGCAUCUUUCUUCAUGACGACGCUUUUUGACAACACUGGUCUACCGCUUUGGGUGUACAUCGUCCUCAUCGUUGUCGGUUCAACCCUCUUGCUUGUCAUUGUUGCCCUGCUUUUACGAUGGUGGUACCUACGACGGCGAAGGGUGCCACACCGCGGCCUCGACAAUCUUACAGGCGCCACCCGCAGAGUUACGCUCCGGAGAGGACGGGUGGUGCCGACCUCUCAACAUCUGUCUCUCACCGGGUCCAAAUUCGGUGUCAGACAAUUUGGACUGCUCGGUGACAAUGAAUCUGCCAUGACUGGAAGGAGGAGUCCUUUCGAGUGGUGGAACACCAUCAUGGCGGAGAGGUCGCACUCUCGGCUGGACCAGAUGUCGCAAAUAGAGACCGGUUCUCUAAUGAGUCGCUCCGCGUCCAGAGGUACUACAAGACGAGAACUCCGUUCAACAACACCUAAUCAAACUCCGGAAAAGAACAAGGAAGCCGCGUCAAGUACGUGGGAAGUCACACCACCUUCGCCGUCGCUCAGUCCAUCACCUUCGACGCGGAGGACGACCGUCAACUUCUCCAGAGCCUUUUUGUCUCAGACGCCUUCCUCGCCAUUGACACAGCGAUCACAACACACUCUUUCACGAAUCUCAGAGAGAUCCCCUCAUCAAUCAAUGAUUAGCAUGAAUCCUCGAGAAUCAUUGACGACCCGAUAUUCACAUCAAGCCGCCCUCAAUCCUCUUGACAGCACACCUCGGCACGGCCAUGCCCAAUCUAGCCCUACCACUGCUCGACGACCAUCCCAUCUUGCCCUACCAUCAUCCAACGUUCCGUCUACUCCCAGAUCUCCAACCUUUUCUGCGUAUCGUUCCAGUCCGCUAUCAACGCCGCCCCUCGCGCAGGACGCCGACACAUUUCGUACUUCAGCGACCUUGACGCGACCAAUCACGUCCACGCAAACAGCAAUACCGCCUCGACCACGUACUGCCGACGCCGCGACAUCGAGGCGGUUUGACCUCCUACCGACUCGUCAGCAUGCCGUUCUAACGCCGGACAUCCCUGCGCCGAAGCCGGUGGUAUAUCCUGCCUUCAACUCAAUAUCUGGCAAACAACCACAGCCAUUCUUGUACCGACAGCCGAGCAAGUCCCAACCAGAUCUCACCACACGCAGGUCCGUAGUAUACACAGCGCGGGGUGAUAAUGGUACGCCGUCUCCCUCGACACCGAACUCGACCUCUGCAGUCGGUCCGAGCGGGAUCGUGUACGACUCGCAAGUUUCCAGCUAUUGGCCCACACCGCUCGACGUGCAGGAUCUUUCUUCAACGCUCGGCUAUGACGAUUACAAGGGCUCCAAUCAUGCCGACCGCACCACCCGUGGUGGUGAACGGGAGAGCAUCAUGGGUAUCGUGACGGUCCCUGGAAAGCAUGACACCAGGGUUCUCAGGAAGAAGUCUCUGAAGCGACUGCCCAAGGCCACCUCGAUGGCUGUGUGAGAUCUAUGAUUGGGUUGAACAAAAGUGCAGCGCACUUACGAACGAAUUUAUUACGACAAGACUGGAAAGCGAUACAUGCUGCGAGGAAUCAUUUGAUCCUUGACAGCAGUAGCGACAACGGCAUACGACGAGAUUUUUUGAUUGUACCGAAUGCAACACAACAAAGGGUCUGUGACUCUUACUCACUUUUUUUAAUUGUGCUUGGAACAUAGGAAGUCCAGACGCGCAAUUUUUUGCUUGUUCUUCAACUAUAGUACAUACUUGCCAAAGGAGCGAGCGCUCUAUUUUUAUUUAUUCUCACUUGAACGGCUUGUCUUGUUUCCUCUACAUCGAUAGAGGGGCCAGCGGUUAGGUGCGACGUGGGAUACAGCCUGUCUCACCCCGCAACCCCUCGGAGAGCUCGGGAUGUGAUAGGAGAGGAGGCUUUCAAUGUGGAAGACAGAUUUGACGACUGCGGUCGCAGAUGAGAGAAAUGCUACAAGACUAGCUGGGAAGGAGACCUACUGCAUAGUAGAUACCUCAUCACACAUAGCCCAAUGGAGAAUAAUAUUCCCUAAAAUACCGG